AUGGACGACACGGUCGACCUCGCCGAAUACCUCUUCACGCGCCUCCGGCAGAUCGGCGUAGGCGCCGUCCACGGCGUCCCGGGCGACUACAGCCUCGCCUCCCUCGACCACGUCCAGCGCGCAGGCCUGCACUGGGGCGCCGGCGCCCUCGCCACCUCGUUUGGCGUCGGCGAGCUGUCCGCCCUCAACGCCGUCGCCGGCGCCUACGCCGAGAAGGUGCCCGUCGUGCACAUCGUCGGCGGGCCGUCGCGCGCCGCCCGCGCCGCCCGCGCGUGCCUGCACCACUCGCUCGGCGACGGCGACCUGGGCGUCUUCGCCGCCAUGUACGCGGCCGUCACCGUCGCCCAGGCCCGGCUCGACUGUCCCGCGACGGCGCCGCGCUUGGUGGACGAGGUGCUGCGGGCGUGUCUCGUCGAGAGCCGGCCCGUCUAUAUUGAGCUGCCGUCCGACAUGGCCGCUGCCCAGGUGCCGAGGCCGACGAUGCCGGCUGCUAUCUUUCCUUCGACGACCUCGGAGGAACUCUAUGCUUGCAGGGCCCAUAUCUUGUGUUUUAUGAUCGCCGAGGCCGAGAGGCCCAUGAUUCUGGUCGACGGCUUUACGGCCCGCUUCGAUAUCCGAGAAGAAAUCAACGAGUUGGUCCGAAUCUCGCAGAUCCCGACGCUGACGACUCCCUUCGGCAAAGGCAUCGUCAACGAAACGCUGCCAGGCUACAAGGGAAUAUUUUGCGGAGCCAUGGGAAACAAGGAACUCCAGGACUGGGUCGACGGCUGCGAUCUGGUCCUUCACUUUGGGCCGCUCCGUUCUGACGUUAACACAUUUGGAUUCAGUGCGCGAACAAAUGCGUCCAAAACUCUCUUCUUUGAAAAGAACGCAGUCGAACAUGACGAUUCUACGAAUCUUCUCCUACUGAACGAGGUAUCAGCAACAAAACUACUCGUGCAAAACCUCCCCAUGGACCUGUUGAAGGAGCUACCAGCACCAACUUCCAGUUCGCCGGUGGACCAGCAAACCUUUUGGCUUCGCGUGUCCCGCCUGUUUCGCCCAGGCGACAUCAUCCUCACCGAAACGGGAACAGCCUCCUAUGGAGGACAAAGCUUCGUCCUCCCAGAAAACACAAUUCUCAUCAACUCUUCCCUCUGGCUGUCCAUUGGCUACACGCUGGCAGCCGCCCAAGGCGCUGCGCUCGCCCAGAGAGAAAUGUUUCAAGCCGGGGACCGGCCGCACGGAAGAACCAUCCUCUUUGAAGGCGAGGGAAGCCUGCAAAUGUCCGCUCAGGCCAUAAGUGAUAUGAUUCGGAACCGUCUUGACGUUAUCAUCUUCGUCAUCAACAACGGCGGCUAUACCAUUGAGCGUCUCAUUCAUGGGUUCAGCGCAAGCUACAACGACGUCCAGCCAUGGAGGAACCUCGAGGCCCCGUCUUUCUUUGGGGCUCCCCGAGAUGAUCUCCUGUAUCCGGUCAGGACCAGACGGGUCCAAAUAUGGGGCGAUUUGGAAUCUGUGAUGCAGGACCUAGGCAUACAGAGCGGAAAGGGCAUGAAUGUGAUUGAGGUUUUCAUGGACGCAGCUGAUGCGCCUCAGUCCCUGAAGAACAUUGCUGAUUAUACGGAGGCCGAAGACUCUCAAGAUAGCGACAUUUCUUGUUAG